AUGGCUAAGAAUUACGAUACCUUCGUCGUCAUUGGAUUAGUUACUAUUCCGAUAUUCCUUAUCGGCGUCAUCUUCAUGAUGGCUCUGGCUCUUUCGGGGGCCUGCAGUGGUCGGCUUCACACUCACUAUCUUUUUUGCAUCAAUCCUCAGGAGAGACAGAAGGAGAGAGCCGCUGCUCGCGGCAGUUCUGACAUCCCCGAUAUAACAAUCUCUCCACCGGCGCCCUGUGUAAAACAGGAACCAGACCAGGAGAAGGACAUGACGAUGUACCUGAACCACGCCGUUAUCCCUAUCCUGAUCCGUGACUCGCAAUUUCGGACCGUUGAUUAG